AUGGAUUCAACAAUAAUGUUUCUUUGUAAGUAUGGGUUGCAGAUUCUUCCGGUGAGGUUAUCGGGUGGUGGUAGGUUGAAGGAUGUCUUAAGCAAUAUUCGUAAUAGGUGGGAAAAUCUGUCUGUUGGUGGGUUUUCUGUUUCAUAUGCUUAUGAGGAUGGAUAUUGUGCUCUUCAUAAUAAAUCUGAUUUUGAGAACAUGCUUUUCUUGUUUAGUAAUUGUGAUCGCAUAAACGCGAAGGUUGAUGAGAAUAAACAUAGUAGCAGGUUAAUUGUUGGUAGUACUAUUAAUGAAGUGGGUGAUGUUGAUGAAGUGGUUGAUGAUGAGUUAGAAUAUGUGGAUAGAAUGGACCCCGCGGAAAAGUAUUGUAAACAUGCUGAGCCUAGGUAUUUGACUGAAGCUUGGGCUCAUUUGAUAGAGGGUGUUGGACAGGAAUUUCCAUUAGGUGUGAAGGAGUUCAGGCAGGAUCUGGCUAAAUAUGCGAUUGAGAAUGGCUUUAUGUACCGUUUGGUGAAAAAUGGCAAUAUUAGGGUGACAGCUGUUUGUGUUAUUGUAGGGUGUGGAUGGUACGUGCAUGCUAUUUUAAAUAGAACCAAUGGAGUAUUUCAUAUUACAAAGUGUCAUAAUGAGCAUAAUUGUGGUUCAACGUACCGAACCAAUAAGCAUAAGCGUGUGUCAUCCCGUUUGGUUGCGAAUGAGAUAGCUGGGAUUGUCGAGAAGAAACCCAAGACUUCACCUAUCGACAUGAUGGAUAUGUUUACGGACAAGUAUGGUCUUGAUCUGUGCUAUCAUAGUGCUUGGUUAGGUGUUGAAAAGGCAAGGGGGGGAUUAUAUGGAGAUUAUGAAGGUUCAUUCGAUAGGCUUCGGUGGUACGUUGAAGCUGCAAGGGCUACGAAUCCAGGGAGCGUUUUGAGGCUUGAAUCUGAUCCUGUAACAAAGGAGUUUUCGCGACUGUUUGUGUCGUUUGAUGCUUGUAUCAAGGGGUUCAACUACUGUCGGCCUUUUUUGUGUCUGGAUGCGACCCAUCUGAAAGGUAGAUUCAAAGGAACACUCCUUGCCGCAACAGGGAAAGAUGCAAAUCAAUGUCUAUUUCCCGUAGCUUAUGCAAUUUGUGAUGCUGAAAAUGAAGCUAAUUAG